AUGAAAAACUGCCAAAGGCGCGUGUACGAGAAGGCGGCCACGUCUAUCCAGCGUUGUUUCCGGGGUGUCCUGCGGCGGCGUAUCAUGAUCGAAGAGCGAAAUCGGUGCCGGCGAGAGGAGAGCGGUAGCGUCGACCCAGCCCUCGAUCUUGCCAGCCCGUCAGCCCGGCAAGACGAGGCGCCCAAAGAUCAGCCGAACAGCGAACCCGACCACGGCAAGCACGAGGGAACUCUCUCUUCCCCCGCCUCGACCAACAGCGGGGGGUGGUGGGGCGGCUACGAGACGUCCCUCGGUAGCGACGAAGGGAGCGACAGCAGCAUCGGUGGUGGCAGCACCGGCGGGUACGCUAGCUCAUCCCGCGCGGGGGAGCGAGAGGCGGAGGGGGGUCCUCCAUCCCCUUGGACCGACGACGGCGAGGCCUGGGGCGGCUACUUCCCCCCUGACGGAAGCACGGAGAGCAACACGUGCGACGACGACAUCGAAGGGACAACGGACGAAGACGGUGCCCAAGGCGCGCGCGGCGAGGUAUCCGCGCAGCUGCCUCGCCGGGCGUUUGCGACGGCCGAGGUGGUCGAGCUUCCGGCGGAACAGGAGAUGGACACCCAAGUCGACGACGUGGAUCAAGCGAAACCUCGGACACCCCUGCGACCAUCCGCUCCCGUCUUCACGCCGCGGACACCUCUUCGAGCAUGCGCUCCUGCCUUCACGCCGAGGGCACCCCUCCGAGCAUGCGCUCCGGCCUUCACGCCGGCGGCCGCCACUAAGGAAGGAGAGAAGGGAUCCAGGCCGAAGGUGGCCCUUCGUGGAAGCACGACGGAUUUCGCGCACGCGGCCACCGGCGUGGGCCCUCGUCAGCCGCCGAAGGCCGAGCUACCGGCGAUGGUCGUAGAUGGAGGUGUCCCUCCGCUCCACGUCUCCACGCCCUCACCGAUGCCGACGCCGGUGCCACUGCCGCCGGGCGUUGGAUCACCACGACCACCCCCGCCGCAGCACGUGGACGACUUCAGCAUCGCCCCCGCCACGAAGCCCUCGGCCGCCGCCGUUGCCUCCGGUCAGACCGCCGCACUCGCCGCCCCUCCCUCCGGAAUGGGCCACUACACCGGUCUUCGAGGCGACGGCAACAACCUGUCGAGCCCUCACAGCGACAGCGACCAAGAGCCUGUCAGCGAAGGGGGGUUGGUGAUGUACGGUGGGUACGACGGGCGGUUCGGGUUCAUCACCGAGCUUGCCAGUGCGGGCGGACGAAUGUCCACCUUUGGGCGACGGCUGGGGCAGGGAGGGUGUGCCGUGGUGACCAGGCUCGAGAUGCUCGACGCCGAGCACCAGACCCGUGUGGACGAGUACACGGGAGACGCGGGGCUCGUGGUGAAGAUUGUCCCCAUGGACGGCGGUCGUGCCAUGGAGAUGGCGAUGGAGAGGGAGAUUCGAGUGGUGAAGAUGAUCCCUCCGCGAUGCCACGUGAACGUCAUCGACAUCAUGUCCACGAGCAUGGAGAACCUGUGCAUGGUUAUGCCGGCCGCGUUCUGCGACGUCCAGCACCUGCUCGAGGACAAGGCGGUGCUCGAGAUGAUGUCAUUCGCCGACAGGAUGAUGAUGAUGGCAGGGGCGGCUCGCGGGUUGGACUACCUCCACUCUGAGCUGGGCCUGACGCACGGUGACGUCAAGCCGGAAAACUGCCUCUUGACGAAGGGGUUGGUCAUCAAGCUCGCCGACUUCGGGUUGAGCGGCUCGAGCGGAGAGCCCAUCUGUGGGCUCUCCAAGCAGUACGCCGCACCGGAGGCCGUUGCGGUGUUCUUGCGCCGAGAGAUUCCUCAGAGGGCGAUGCUGCAGCCCUCCCUCGACACCUUCUCGUUGGGAGUGAUGAUGCUUCAGGUCCUCUUCGUCGAGGAGGGGUCGCGGUUCAGUGGCAAGGCUCUGGCUACGCAUGGCUUCACCCCCAAGCACCCGAGCUUCCACUCAGCCGUCCAGAACGCCGCCUACCUGAAGCAGAAGUUCGAAGCAACGGGAACUGGUAUCGACAAGGAGCGGUUCGAGGAUGCUAGCACCGUCGUGCUCGACCUGCACGUAAACUACGCAGCUCAGCCCGCCAAGAUGGGAGACCUCCGCAGGACCAUCCUGAACCCGAGCAAGUGGAACCAGUCGGGGGAACUGCUCUUCCAGGAAGAGGUCACACAAGCGUUCCUGUCGCUGCUGAAUGCGAACCCGCUAAGGCGCCCGAGUCUCGACACCGUGUCCCGGCUCCUCGCAUGCCCGCUCCUGUGGUCGCCUCUGGUGCAACGCGGCGGCGAGGGCGGCGCAAGAAUCAGCGACGGCAACGAUGUUUUCCGCCCCCACCUGCCCCAAGAUGUGCGGGAAAUGAUCGACAUGACCAUCCGCGAUGGCCUCCUGGCAGACCCGGCACUCAACACAGCUAGAGGGGUGUGGUGGGAUGCGCCGGAGUUCUUGUCGCCGUGGUGGAAGCGACCUCCGAUAAUAAUGUGCAUCGAGCCAUGA